AUGGUUGUUGAUAAAACCCCGACGGCAUUUCGUAGAAAAAACACCGAAGUGAACAAAACAAUUUUCCUCGUUUUCACAAUUGCCGAAGUACUUCCACGAUUCAUGGUUAUCUACAAAAUCAGGGAAUACACUAAACUGACUUUUUCGAAUUGCAUUUUUCUCUUCAUGGGCAAAGAAUAUUCGUACUAUCUGGAUAAAGCAGAUGAAAUAACACAAGAGCAGAUAGAUGCCAUUGGAAAGAUAUCCACAUGGUUUUCUCUUAUCCAGUUCUUUCUGAUGUGUUAUCUCGUCAAUGUCUUUACCGAACAAAACAAUCAAAACACUGAUUCAGCAGACAAGCCUGCUGGAUGCUUCUCAAAUCGCUUUAUCGUUGCUGCUGCGCCAGUGAUAUUGAUAAUGGUGUUCGUGAGAACGUGUAAAUAA